ACUUAGACUGACAUUAAAAUAAAGUUAUUUAAUUAAUCUUUAAAGUCUUAAAAUAAACUUAUAUUUAAACUAAAUUUCCGUAAUUUUCGUUAUGACUGCUUAAUUACAGUCAAAAAAGCGUAAUGAACUGAUAUUAGUCGUGGUUUAAUACCUUAAAGUGCCUAUAUAUAGUAAUGGGUAAUGCUGGAAGCAACCAUACGAAGGAAUGGAGCAGAGAUGCAUCUAAACCUCCCGACAUUGGACCGUCAUCGCCAGGACAUAAAGAUGGACAGGUUUUUACAUUUAACAAAAAGUUAGAUGACGACCGUUGUGGACGAGAAGAUGAUAAUAACAUCGAAGAUGGUGCCCCAUAUUAUACGAAGGCUGUUCCUGAAAGUGAUAUUGAGUACAAUAUUCCUCGCGAAAGGUCUAAUACACUUACAGACAGCAGUAAGAUUGUAGACGAUGUUAAAGUUCUACCUACAGUUUUUAAAUGGGAGGGCGGAGGCAAGCAGGUAUUCAUUAGUGGCACCUUCACUGAUUGGAAAACUAUCCCUAUGGUAAAGUCUCAUGGCGAUUUUGUCACUAUAAUAGAUUUACCAGAGGGUGAACACCAGUACAAAUACUUUGUAGAUGGAGAGUGGCGUCAUGAUCCUACUGUGAAAUUAAUAGACAAUGGAAUGGGUUCAAAAAAUAACUUAGUUACAGUAAAAAUGUCAGAUUUUGAAGUAUUUCAAGCUUUGGCUAAAGACAGUGAAGGCAUUCAUAGCAGUGCACAGACAGAAUAUUCACAGGAAAUUCCACAAUCCAAGCCAUGGGACAAAGUGUCUGGCCCCCCAAUAUUACCACCUCAUUUAUUACAAGUAAUAUUAAACAAAGAUACUCCAUUGUCUUGUGAACCAACAUUAUUACCUGAACCAAAUCAUGUGAUGUUAAAUCAUCUAUAUGCCUUAUCAAUCAAAGAUGGAGUGAUGGUGCUGUCAGCUACACAUAGAUACAGAAAGAAAUAUGUCACUACACUAUUAUACAAACCAAUAUGAGCUGUGAAGAAAAAGCCUUGAUAGCAGAUGCUACUUAUAAUAAUGUAGAACAUAUACAAGUUAUUAUACAAAAGGUUUAAUAACCCGACAUCCAAUGAUUGUAGUAAUGAAACUAGAGAUCUUUUUACAAGGAUUUUAUAAUGUGGUUGCUGGAGAUAACACUAAGUGGAUUCGGAAUAUUAUAUCUUUCUGGAUAAAGCCUGCUAUGACAUCAUAAGUUGAA